AUUAAGUGUCUGUCUCCUCGAUCUUAGGAUAGUGACGAUGACGAUGAACACUACAAAAACUCAUACCACCUUUCUGAGUUACUUUCUCCUGUUCCUUUCGGGGUUUGUGUUAAUGGAAGUUGGUUUAGCACAAAACCCAAUAAGUGAAAUCAAAGUAGGAGUAGUUCUUGAUCUCAAAACAAACAAUGCCAAGAUUUGCCUCACUUCUAUUAACAUGUCGUUGUCCGAUUUCUAUGAAGAUCAUCCAAAUUACGGCACAAGACUUGCGCUUCACGUCAGGGAUUCCAUGGAAGAUACUGUUCAAGCUUCAGCUGCAGCUUUGGACCUAAUCAAGAACGAGAAAGUGAGCGCCAUCAUCGGACCAAGAACCUCUACGCAAGCCGAGUUUAUGAUCAAACUGGCCAACAAAUCUCAAGUACCGACCAUCACAUUCUCUGCAACAAGCCCUCUUCUGAGAUCCAUCAACAACCCUUACUUCGUCCGAGCCACUCUCGACGACUCAACUCAGGUCGGAGCCAUUGCGGCCAUUGUCAAAUCGUUCGGGUGGAGAAGCGUCGUCGCCAUUUAUGUGGACAACGAGUUAGGUGAAGGAAUCAUGCAUUCGUUGUCAGACGCUUUAGAAUACGUGGUAGUCCAAAGAAGUGUGAUCUCUCCGGAGGCUAACGAUGAUCAGAUUCUAAAGGAACUUUAUAGGCUCAUGACGAAGCAGACAAGGGUAUUCGUUGUCCACAUGUCCUCAAGGCUCGGAUCCCGAGUUUUGCAGAAAGCUAGAGAGAUUGGGAUGAUGGAAGAAGGGUAUGUAUGGUUACUAUCAAAUGGAAUGACGCAUAUGAUGAGACAUAACGAUCGUAGCUUAAAAACUCUGGAGGGCGUGUUAGGUGUGAGGAACCAUGUCCCCAAUUCGAAAGAGCGUGAAGACUUCAGUCUGAGAUGGAAAAGAAAGUACGACAUGGAGAACCCGGAGAAUGAUGCAGGGCUUGAUGUUUACGCAUUAUGGGCGUAUGAUUCGAUCACUGCAUUGGCCAUGGCCGUGGAGAAAACCAGCUCAAAGAGCUUGUGGUAUGAUAGCGCUAGUGAUUCCUCAAACAACAUGGCUGAUCUGGCAACCCUUGGGGUCUCUCGCUACGGUCCAAGUCUUAUAAGCGCUCUCUCGGAUGUACGAUUCAAGGGGUUAGCCGGAGAGUUUAAACUUAUUAAUAGGCAGCUUGAGUCAUCAUCUUUUGAGAUCAUCAAUUUUGUUGGAAAUGAAGAGAGGAUUAUCGGGUCUUGGACACCAAGAAAUGGACUUGUGAACGCAAAUUCAAAGAAAACGACGCCGUUUUCAGAUGGGAGGUUCGGGCCGGUGAUAUGGCCCGGAAAUUCGAAAAUUGUUCCAAAAGGUUGGGAGAUUCCAACGGACGGGAAGAGGCUUAGAGUGGGCAUUCCUGUAAAGAAAGGCUUCUUCAAUUUUGUGGAAGUAAAGACAGAUCCGAUCAGUAACCUAACGACCGCAAAGGGUUUCGCCAUAGACAUCUUUGAAGCUGCUCUUAAGAAGUUGUCAUAUUCAGUCAUUCCUCAAUACUACCGUUUUGAGUCUUCAGAUGAUAAUUACAAUGAUUUGGUCCACCAAGUCUCUGACGGGACGUGGGAUGCAGGUGUUGGAGAUAUAACCAUCACAGCAAACAGGUCACGUUUUGUUGAUUUCACGUUACCGUACACAGAGUCUGGGGUGUCUAUGAUGGUGCCGCUCAGGGACAACGGGAACAAGAACACAUGGGUGUUCCUCAAACCUUGGAGCUUAGACCUAUGGGUCACUACCGUUUGCUUCUUCGUCCUCAUGGGUUUUGUUGUGUGGCUGUUCGAACACAGAGUAAACUCUGACUUCCGUGGACCGCCUCAUCACCAGAUCGGCACUAGUUUUUGGUUCUCCUUCUCCACCAUGGUUUUCGCCCACCGUGAGAAGGUGGUGAGCAACUUAUCUAGGUUUGUGGUGCUUGUAUGGUGCUUUGUGGUCCUUGUGCUUACUCAAAGCUACACAGCGAAUCUCACCUCUUUCCUGACGGUACAACGUUUACAACCAGCGGCCACAACUGUGAAAGAUCUCAUCAGAAAUGGGGAUGUUGUAGGUUUCCAACACGGCGCUUUUGUUCACGAUAUUCUUAUAGAUCUGGGAUUUCAUGAAUCACAGCUCAAGCCUUAUGGUUCUGCCGAAGAAUGCGACGAUUUUUUGUCCAAAGGGACAUUAAAAGGUGGUAUUGCAGCAGCUUUUGACGAAGUGGCUUACCUUAAAGCUAUCCUUUCUCAGUACUGCUCCAAAUAUGCCAUGGUCGAACCUUCCUUUAAGACAGCUGGUUUUGGCUUUGCAUUUCCAAAGAAUUCGCCUUUUACGAUAGAUGUCUCAAGGGCUAUCUUGAAUGUGACACAAGGCGAAGAAAUGAAACUCAUCGAGAACAAAUGGUUCAACCGGCCCAGCCUCACUAGUGAAUGUCCUGAUCCAAAGACCGCUCUUUCGUCUAACCGUCUCAGCCUCAGUAGCUUCUGGGGGCUGUUCUUAAUAGCAGGCAUUGCUUCAUUCUUGGCCUUUCUCAUCUUUGUAUCCCUCUUCUUGUAUGAACAUAGGCACACGCUAUGUGAUGAUUCCGGAUGUUCCGUGUGGAGAAAGCUAACGAACUUGUUCAGAAUCUUUGAUGAGAAAGACAUAAAGUCGCAUACUUUCAAGAACAAUGGCGUUCAUAAUGUGAGUUCACCUAUGACUCCGUGCGAUCCGAGCCCUUCGACUGUGCAGAUCAGACCAUGGGCACGAAGCAUGUCAUUAAACAGGGAGUUUGAGCUAAGAAGAGCCUCUUUCGCCAUAAGUGAAGAACGUUUCACUACGAUACCGAUACAUGAUGAAGACGGAGGAUCUGAUGUUGAAAGUGGAGCCGAAAUUAUAGAGAGAGGAUAAGGAAACUCCAUAACAAGUUAGUUUGUUAGAUUAACCCAAAAAAGAGUUAGAUAAUGAUAAUAUUCUAGGUUCCUUACAUAUAAUUGCAUGUAAAGUUUUUUUGGUCUAAAUCUUUUAGGAAAAAAAAAAAGCUUUUAGAAAAAAAGUUUUUUUUGUCAAGAAAAUCAAUGCAAGACUUGCAAGUUAUCAUAAAAAAUUUAUUAAUAAGAAA